UUUAUCCUUUCUUCACCACAAUGUCUCCUAUCACUGAAAGCUUUGUGAACGUCUCAGAAGAUUCAGACUUUCCUAUUCAAAAUAUCCCAUUCGGUGUCUUUUCAACAAAAGAAAAGCCUGAAGCGCGUGUAGGUACAGCCAUCGGUGACUAUGUCCUUGAUCUUUCUGAGCUUGCAAGAAACGGUCUUUUGACCGGUAUCAAGGGAUUGAACGAUCCCGUGGACGUUUUUGAAAAGGUAAAAUGAGACGGAAAAGAGGGAAAUAAAUGCGUGGAGAAGAGGUGAGAGACAGCCUACAGAAUACUCACUUUGCAACCCAAAAAAAAAAACCAAAAAAAAACCAACCACCCAACCCUCUAGCCCGCACUCAACACAUUCAUGUCUUUGGGACGUCCUGUAUGGAAAGCCACACGUGCUGCCAUCCAAACAUUAUUAUCCAAGGAUACACCAACGUUGCGAGAGAAUGAAGCACUUGUAAAGAAAGUCUUGAUUCCUUUGAAGGAUGUUACCAUGCAUUUACCAGCUAACAUUGGGUAAAAAAAAAAAGAAACAUCUCACACGGGGUCGAAUCAAAACCCCUCCCCACCCCUCUCCCGACAGAAUCCGCUGGCUAACUGUCCCCAUGUUCCCUCUUUGUCAUCACUUAUGUAUAGUGAUUA